GGCAUGGCCACGGCGGCUUCUAACCCCUACCUGCCGGGGAACAGCCUGCUGGCGGCCGGCUCCAUUGUACACUCGGACGCGGCGGGAGCCGGCGGCGGCGGGGGUGGCGGCGGCGGGGGUGGCGGCGGCGGCGCGGGAGGCGGCGCGGGCGGCAUGCAGCCCGGUAGCGCCGCCGUGACCUCGGGCGCCUACCGAGGGGACCCGUCCUCCGUCAAGAUGGUCCAGAGCGACUUCAUGCAGGGGGCCAUGGCCGCCAGCAACGGCGGCCAUAUGCUAAGCCACGCGCACCAGUGGGUCACAGCCCUGCCCCACGCCGCCGCCGCCGCCGCCGCCGCUGCCGCUGCUGCCGUGGAGGCGAGCUCGCCGUGGUCCGGCAGCGCCGUGGGCAUGGCCGGCAGCCCCCAGCAGCCGCCGCAGCCGCCGCCGCCGCCGCCACCGCAGGGCCCCGACGUGAAGGGCGGGUCCGGACGCGACGACCUGCACGCGGGCACCGCGCUGCACCACCGCGGGCCGCCGCACCUCGGGCCCCCGCCGCCGCCCCCGCACCAGGGCCACCCCGGGGGCUGGGGGGCCGCCGCCGCCGCAGCCGCCGCCGCCGCCGCCCCCGCUGCCGCCGCACACCUCCCGUCCAUGGCCGGAGGCCAGCAGCCGCCGCCUCAGAGUCUGCUCUACUCGCAGCCCGGGGGCUUCACGGUGAACGGGAUGCUGAGCGCGCCUCCGGGUCCGGGCGGCGGAGGCGGCGGCGCGGGCGGCGGCGCCCAGAGCCUGGUGCACCCGGGGCUGGUGCGCGGGGACACACCCGAGCUGGCCGAGCACCACCACCACCACCACCACCACGCGCACCCUCACCCCCCUCACCCGCACCACGCGCAGGGGCCUCCGCACCAUGGCGGCGGCGGCGCGGGGCCCGGACUCAACAGCCACGACCCGCACUCGGACGAGGACACGCCGACCUCGGACGACCUGGAGCAGUUCGCCAAGCAGUUUAAGCAGCGACGCAUCAAACUCGGCUUCACGCAGGCCGACGUGGGGCUGGCACUGGGCACGCUGUAUGGCAACGUGUUCUCGCAGACCACCAUCUGCCGCUUCGAGGCCCUGCAGCUGAGCUUCAAGAACAUGUGCAAGCUCAAGCCGCUGCUGAACAAGUGGCUAGAGGAGGCGGACUCGAGCACCGGCAGCCCCACGAGCAUCGACAAGAUCGCCGCGCAGGGCCGCAAGCGCAAGAAGCGGACCUCCAUCGAGGUGAGCGUCAAGGGCGCGCUCGAGAGCCACUUCCUCAAGUGCCCCAAGCCCUCCGCGCAGGAGAUCACCAACCUGGCCGACAGCCUGCAGCUCGAGAAAGAGGUGGUGCGGGUCUGGUUCUGCAACCGGCGCCAAAAGGAGAAGCGCAUGACGCCACCAGGCAUCCAACAGCAGACGCCGGACGACGUCUACUCGCAGGUGGGCACCGUGAGCGCCGACACGCCGCCGCCGCACCACGGACUGCAGACGAGCGUGCAGUGAAGGCCAGGGGCGCAGCGCAAAGAGGGCCGCCGCCGCCGCCGCCUCCGCAGCCGCUGUCAGCACCGCCACCAA